GAUAUUGUGUUCAUCAUUAUUGAACUAUAAUCUAUGACAAUAAUGUUCACAUAACUUAAGAAGUAUUAAUGAGUAAUUUUUUUUAUUGCUAAACUAUUGACUUUUAUUGAAUUUACUUGGGCGAUAUGUAUUUAUUUUAUUCACAAGUAUAUUGUUUCCUUCAGUGUAAAAGUUUACGUAAUUUAAGGAUUUAAUUUUGUUCAUGUUUUAGUGUUUUACCUAUGUAUACAUGUAUAUUGUUAUAUAUGUAUAAUAUACAUAAAAAGAAAUGUGUACAUUACUGUACAUUAUAGAGAUUAUGCUAAAAUGUUUUCUAGGUUGUAUUGUUAAAAUAACAUAUAUUUGAAUGGGAUUAUUGUACAAUAAUUAACUUUCUCUGUUUAACACAUAAAACAAUGCAAUUUGUUGUUUUUUAGUUCCAACAUAUUAAAGAAUCUGGUGACACAAUAAAAAUUUUAAAAACAGAUUAGAGUUUAUCUUAAAAUACUGGUCUACUCGAAAUUGACUAUUUUACAUUUUCCCCUAUGAGUGCGUAAAAUAUUAAUAUUUGAAUAUGCUAAUAAUUAGGGCUAGGAUUUCAAUGCAAUCGUAUAUUUAAUUUUGGAUUAUCUAACACGAUGCUUUUUAAGCUAUAAAUUUGUUUAAAGUACUCCAUGUUGUAACCACAACAUUUUUAAAUUUUUUCAAAACAUUUUUACCUAUUUCUCGUAUUAUGACUAUAAAAAUUUACUCCAUUGAAAUAUAAACAAUUAACAUAAUACUACAUAAUAAAAAUAAUUCUAAUUUUGAACUAUAUAAUGUCUGGUAAUCUGGUUUUAAAUUAUACAAGGCUGAAAUUAAUCUUUAUGUCACUUCACACCAUAGACCUAUUAAGAAUUUUUAAUAGGUUUAUGCUUCACACCAACCAAUUAGCUGAUAUUUUUUACUCAUUAUUUAUAUUUAAACGUACCUACACAAUUUUACAUAUUAAAUGCAUUUUUUGAUAUUUUAGGGCAUUUAAAUCCGAGCUCUACUCAUAAUUCACCUAAAAAUUUAAAUAUUGUAAAAAAAGAACGAGACAAUAAAAAACACGUAAAAAUUUGACAAUAGGUCAAAUCACUCUAAUACCUGAACUGACAGCACACUGUUGUAACUGGCAAACAACAAUUUCCUAUGUUGUAUGUGUUAAGCAGAGACAACGCGUCAUGCGGCUGACAAUCCUCUUAAAAAUUUGAAAUAGUAAUAUUAUGCAGUACACUUUAACCCUGUUUUUGAGGCUACUAGAAUAGUACAUGGAAGAUUACCAUGACGGCACGACUAAUAGUGUACGAGUUGAAAAAAGAACUUUAAAAAAUGUAGAUAUGACUGCUACUCAUGCUAGUUUGUACUUACUGAUUCAAAUCAGACUACUAGCAAUGUAAGUACGUCAAUAAUUUGUAAAUCGUAAUAAUACCUAUUUUAGAUUAUAUGGGAUAUCAAAUUAUUCUCAAUGUGUCUUUAAGCACCGUUGUGACACAUUUUGACUAAUUUUUCUUUAGGAAUACGAAGACCAUGAUUUUUAAUGACGCUGUUCCUCUACCUCCGUACCAUAAGCCUUUCACUUCCCAUUUAUCAAUCCAGUACAUGAAACAUAAAUCCAAAUUCAAUUGACGUCUUCCUUGGUAGUGGAUUACAAGAAUUUCGUUCACCAAAACCUGUUUACUUUUUAUAUUUACAACAAUGAUUAUUUUAGCUCAUCUGUUUUGCGUUUCCACAAUCCAGAACCACCAUAACUUUGCACUUUGGCAGAGAAAUUCAUAGUGAAUUUUUUCGUAAAGCUUUUAAUACAAAAUAAAUUACUUAUGGAAUCUGCUCAAUCUAGAAGACUGGGUCCAUAGAUGAGUAUAGACUGGGUUACUCAAGUGCCCACUGGGAAUCUAUAAUUGUCAAUUAAAUAAUUCUAUUCAUGGCUUAGAUAUACUUUAUUACUUUAGUAUUCAAGUCUAUUCUAUACUGGACAGCAAGGCGACAGUGGCGACAACGAUGGUGGAUACUAAUGUCUAUUGGAUGCAACUGGCGAGUGAAGGUAAUGUGAAAUGUGGUAAAUCGUGACGUGAAUGCGAUUGACAAUAACCAUAGGGAGUUAUUCUGUACUGAAUCCUAUGCAAUAAGCAAUUACCAAGUGUUAUGUAUGUACAUUGUACGGUGUGUCCGAUACUCCGAUAUGUUAUCUGUAACGAUAAAUAUAUAUAUAUACAACAUUAUGUGAUUAUUAUGUGUGUCCGCCGUCGUGCGUAAUGAUAAAUAAAGCAGUCGUACUUUGUCAAUGCUCGUGUGUGUACCUUCGCCUAUCUUAUAUAUAAAAUACGUAACAUUUGGCGACGAAGAUGAAAAUUCGGUGAAAAUAUUAUUUAAUUUUCUUGUUGUGAUUAUAAUGUCGAAUAUUUCGCAAUACAUACCGGGUUCGGAAUCAUUCAGUAAUUAUUUAGAUCGAUUAAACGCGCAGUUGACCGUUUUAAAAGUUAAAGAGGCUGAUAAAAAGUCCUAUUUAAUCGCAUACAUUGGUUCGGAAGCAUAUAGUCAAUUAAAAGAUGCUUGUUUGCCGGAGGAACCACAAUUAAAGUCAUACGACGAGUUAGUGUCCAAAUUGGAAGAAAUAUAUUCACCACGUCGUCUUGUAGUGAGUGAAAGAUUUAUUUUUAACCAACGUACACAGAACCAGGGUGAGUCAACUCGGGAGUACAUAACAGCAUUAAAAAAAUUAUCAAGUUUUUGUGUAUUUGGUUCGUUUUUAAACGAUGCACUGCGAGAUCGGCUUAUUGUAGGGAUAAGUGAUGAAUCGUGUCAACGAAAAUUACUUGGUAUAGAGUCCCUAACGUUUGAAGAAGCAUGUAAAAUUGCUUUGGAUUCGGAGUUGGUUUGUAAUCAAACACAACAAAUGAACAAUAAAUCACAAGUAAAUUUUAUCAAUAAUGGGAAAAAUGUGUCUCGUCAAACACAUUCGUCAUCGAAGUCGGAACUCAAGUGGAACGGAAAUUCUGGUGGAAAACCGUGGUCUGGGAAGUCGUCAAAACCUGGUCAAAAAAAUGGUCAGUCAAUUCAGCACGGCAGUCAAAGUUCACGAAGUCUUAAGUUUGGUCAAUGCUAUAGAUGUGGAAGGAAGCACGAUGUCCGUACGUGUCCAGCCAGAGAGUGGGAAUGUUUUUCAUGUAAAUUAAAAGGUCAUACGUCGAAAAUGUGUAAGACAAAAAUUAAAAAUAAUUUAGAGUCUAUUGAUUUAGUAAAUAAUGUGUCUCAGAAUAGUGGGGGAAAUCCACUUGUGAUUAAAAUCAAAGUUAAUAAUAAGCUUAUUCCGUUUGAAGUAGAUAGUGGAGCGUCGGUUUCAGUUAUGCCGAUUAAAUAUUUUAAUAUGUAUUUUAAUAAUUCAUGUAAAUUAGAAAAAAAACAUAUUCAAUUAAGUUCUGUAAAUUGUGAACCAGUCAAGGUUUUAGGUCAAACACUUGUAAAUGUCGAGAUGUCAAAUCAAAAAAAUAUUAAACUAUAUUUAAUUAUAACGGAAAACUCUGUAAAAAAAGUUUUAGUAGGUCGAUCUUGGUUAGAUAAGUUAUAUUCAAACUGGAGAUCGAAUAUGUGUCUAAAUUGUAUAAGUAGUAAUGUAGAUUGCAAAAUCGGGAAAAAUAUUAUGAAUUCUGUAAAUAAUAAUAAUUGCGUUUUAAGUGAAAUAGAUGUAAUUAACAAUAUUAAACUCAAGUUUCCCGGGGUGGUUAAAUUAAAUGAUAAACCAGCUGAUUAUAUAAAAGACCAUGAGGUCAAUUUAUCUUUAAAAGAAAAUAGCGUACCAGUUUUCCAUAGAGCAUAUCAAGUACCAUAUGCACUAAAGUCUGCUGUAGAAAUUGAGUUAAAUAGAUUAGAAGUUGAAGGAGUUAUAAGUAAGGUUUCAAUUAGUGACUGGGCAUCGCCUAUUGUAGUAGUACCAAAAAAAAAUAAUAAAAUUAGAAUAUGUGUAGAUUUAAAAACUACCUUAAAUCCAAAAUUACAAAUUGAACAACACCCAUUACCAAGAGUCGAUGAUGUGUUUAAUGAGUUAUCCGGGGGAAGUGUAUUCACUGUUUUGGAUUUAGCAGAAGCGUAUUUACAAUUACAGGUUGCACCUGAAAGUCGUAAGUUUCUUACAAUUAAUACUCAUAAAGGGUUGUACUGUUUUAAUCGUUUAUGUUAUGGGGUAGCGUCAGCGCCAAGUAUAUUUCAGUCAGUCAUGGAAAAUAUUUUACGAGGUGUUUCUAAAGUACAAGUAUAUUUAGAUGACAUAAUAAUCUGCGGCUCGUCAAGGUCAGAGUGUGAAGAAAAUGUUAAUGCGGUGUUAGAACGUUUAAAUGAGUAUAGAGUUAAAGUAAAUUUUGAGAAAUGUCAGUUUUAUUGUUCAAGUGUACAAUUUCUAGGUCAUAAAAUAGAUUGUCAAGGCGUACAUCCCGAUGGAAAUAAAAUGGAUGCGAUAAGAAACGCACCGUGCCCUAAUGAUGUAGUACAAUUAAAAUCAUUUCUCGGUCUCAUAAACUAUUAUCAACGUUUUAUUCCAAUGUCGUCAUCUAUAUUAGCUCCCUUGUACAAUUUAACAAAAAAUAAAAUACCUUGGAAUUGGUCUGACGAAUGUCGAUCAGCGUUUGAAAAUAUAAAACAGGUAUUAAUAAAAAGUCAAUUAUUAGUCACGUAUAAUCCAGAUUUACCUCUAGUAGUUACGUGUGACAGUUCUAGCUAUGGUGUCGGUGCAGUUCUUAGUCAUUUGAUAGAUGGGGAGGAGAAGCCAAUUUUAUUCGCGUCUAGCACCUUAUCAGCGGCAGAAAAAAAUUAUGCACAAAUUGAGCGUGAAGGGUUAGCAAUAAUCUUCGCAGUAAAAAAAUUCCAUAAAUACUUGUUUGCACGCAAAUUUAUUUUAGUAACUGAUCAUUUGCCGUUAAAAUCAAUUUUUAAUCCGUCAAAGAAUAUACCUGUUGUAGCUUCAUCUAGAUUACAAAGAUGGGCAGUUAUAUUGUCUAGUUAUCAGUACGAGAUUCAACAUAGGAAGGGGGUAGACAUAAGUAACGCAGACGCGUUAUCAAGAUUACCUCAAAGUAGUAAUACUGGGGAAAAUGCUUGUUCAAUUUUAUUAUUAGAAAAUUUACCUUUAACGUAUAAGGAAGUGAGCAAAAAAACGAGUACAGACGAAGUAUUAAAAGAAAUAAGUCAGUAUACGAAAGAAGGUUGGCCGGGGGUAAAGUCGUUAAAAUCAGAUUGCCAACAAUAUUAUAAAAGACGGGAAGAAUUAUCGUUAGUAAAUGACUGUUUGAUAUUAGGUAAUCGCGUAGUAAUUCCAAAGUCAUUAAGAGAAGACGUAUUAAUGUUAUUACAUAAAAACCAUCCGGGUAUUGUUCGUUCGAAAAUGCUCGCAAGGUCGUAUGUAUGGUGGCCUAAUAUCGAUAUUGAUAUAGAUAAGUUUAUUAAGACGUGUACGGAAUGCCAAUGUAAUCAAAACGAUAAGAAUGUUAGUGAGAAAGUGUAUAUUCCGUGGGAAAAUCCAUCAGAUUCUUGGAAAAGAAUACACAUCGAUUUUCUAGAAAUAAAUCAAGUUAAAUUAUUAAUCAUUGUUGACAGUUUUAGCAAAUGGAUUGAGUGUUUUGCAAUGGGAAGUACAACGGCUUCAAAAGUAAUCGAAGUUUUAGAAAAUUGUUUUUGUCGUUUUGGUUCCCCAGAGAUAAUGGUAACCGAUAAUGGUCCACCUUUUGGCGCAAAUGAAUUUAAAGCAUAUUGUGAGAAAAAUUGUAUAAAACUAGUACAUUCGCCGCCAUACAAUCCAGAGUCUAAUGGGUUGGCAGAGCGAGGAGUGCAAACGAUAAAAAAAUUAUUAAUAAAGAGUUUGUGUGUAGAGAGAGAUGUAAAAAGAAUACAAUCAAAAAUUAAUAAUAUUUUAGUAUCAUAUCGUAACACACCAACAACAAGCACAGGUUGUAGUCCGUCAGAUUUAAUAUAUAAUUUUAAACCAAAAAAUCAUUUGUCCAUAUUAAAACCACCAAAUAUUGUAGAAAAGAAUAAAAAUAUUAAUGUUACUAAGUACGAAAUAAAUGAUAAAGUUCUUGUUCGAAAUAAUUCAAAAGGGCAGAAAUGGUUAACUGGACGUAUAAUGAAAAUGUUGGGAACGUGCAGUUAUUUAGUCCGGGUUGGUGAUAAAAUCAGAUUAAUGCAUGUAAACAAAUUGAAAAAGAGUUAUUUAAAUGAUGAGGUACAUCCAAGGGAACUUGAAUAAAAAUAAAAAAAAUAUAUUGUUUAUCUAUUUAAAUUUUUAAGUUAUAUUUAUUAUGUAUUGUGUAAAAUUGUAAAUGUUAAAUCAUUAUUAUUAUUUUCUAAAUUGUAUGAAUUUUGUAUAAGUUAAUUUAUUGUACUAAAAUUAUAUAGAAGGGAAAGAUGUUAUGUAUGUACAUUGUACGGUGUGUCCGAUACUCCGAUAUGUUAUCUGUAACGAUAAAUAUAUAUAUAUACAACAUUAUGUGAUUAUUAUGUGUGUCCGCCGUCGUGCGUAAUGAUAAAUAAAGCAGUCGUACUUUGUCAA